AUGCUCCGGGGGGGCGCCAAAAAGCUGCUCCGCAGCCUCCAGCCCAACGGGAACUACCACUUGACCAAGCUCGGGAAGAGCUUCUUCAAGGACAAGUGGGUGGACUGGGUGGCGCACGUGCCCGUCAUCAUCCGCGGCAUCCGGCGAAACGGCCGGAACCGCGGCAUGCCCUACGAGCGCACGAAGCGCCUGCCCGUCACGGACCUCAACGUCACACUGCCCCGGCAGAGCGAGGGGCUCUCGGAUGCCCAAGCGGCCCGGAACCUCAAGGCGUCCGCGCUCGCGCAGCUCGGGCACCCCGAGCCGAACGACAUUAUUUGGGAGCUGUCCGACGAGACCUACUACCUGGACGCAACGAGGGAGUGGACCUUCAGCCAGCAGGCCAUGCAGGUCGUAGACGACCGGGUGGUGGUGGAGACCGUCCUGGAUCAGCCCCUGGGGGCUCUGCGGGACGUCUCCUACCAGCUGUACUGCGGCGACGAAAUCCUAGAGUCCGCCUUCGAACAGCGGCCGGACAAGCUUUGCGUCCCUCGGCAGCUCGCGGAGCUGAUGCGGCUGCCGCUGCAGGAGGUGCUUUCGGACUUCGACGCAAUCUGCACCAAAAAAACGUGGCGGGAGCAGGGCAUCACCCCCCGAGAGAUCCGGGAAUUCUGCCAGGCCCCGAUGUUCUACGUGGACUGCCAGGGCCGCCUGCUGGACAAGUACGAGCCUACCGUCAAGGAGCAGCGGGCCGUGGCCUUCACGAGCUGGAACGGCCACGCCUUCUUCUACAAAUCCGCCCGCACCGUCGCGAAGUGCGAGCCGAUCGGGGAGCGGGCCAGGUACCGGGGCGAGAGGAAGCCAGGCGAAACGCCCGAGUUCAAGGAUUGGCGGGAGUGGGAGGGCGAGGUCGCCAGCGGUCAUUUCUACACUGAAGACCUGGAGCAGGUCCGGAGGGAGCUCCUGGCCGAGGGGCACUGCCCGAAGGUGGUCAUGCGAAGCCUGAGCGAGUGGCGGUGCCUGCGGCUGAGGGUGCGGGGCGGCGAGGACUGCGUCAUCUCCGCCUUCCACGCAGACCUGGAUGUGCUGCAGGCCUGGAUGGGGCGGCUGGGGCUCCCCUAUUGCGGGCAGCGUCUGGCGGGCGCCGCGAGCGAGGUCUUCCUUCACCUUCUCAAGGCCCGCCGCGAUCCGCCCGGAUCUCGGCAAGCCCUGCUCGCGGAGCAGGACCACCAGUGCAAGCUCUGCGCGGCCCCCAUCACCGCAACCACGUGCGAGUUGGACCACAUCGUCCCCGUGCACCAGUCCUUCGCCGCACAGGCCCAGAACCUCCAGGCACUGUGCCUCGAGUGCCACCGGAACAAAACGGCCCUGGAGUCCUCGCACGCCACGACACUGGAGUCGCGCUUCAGCCGGCGGGCUUACGAGCAGUACGUGGAAUCGCCUCGACUCCCGCCGCUCGUCUUCAAGCUCAACAGCCACAAGCCGGACCACAUCUGCCACGGUAUAGACGUGGUGCGGUGCCGCAAGAACGGUCUGGCCCAUGCCAAGUUCCCGGCGCCCAUCUUCUGCCCCAAGGACAACGUUGAGCAAGCCCGCGAAGGGCACCUGGCGGACCUGACCUACGUGAGGCUCCGGGAGGACGGGCGUUGGGCGGCGUUCAAGCAGCUCCCCUACGUGGGCCAGGGCUGGUACGCCAAGCCUGCGGUGGCCUACAUGCUGGAAAAGGGCCUUGCGACGUGGAGCGACUUCGUGUACAGCCUGGACGCCACGGCGCACGUGGACCAGGAGUCCGUGGCCCAGGCCCUGCAGAAAAUGGAGGCGGCUUGGCCGGAGGGAGAGGAGCACUACGCGAAGCUGUCGGUGAAUGCCCUCAUCGGGCUGUGGGCACGCAACAUGAACCUCAUCUACACCAUGCGCACCAGCAACCACCAGUUCGACGGGUCCGGGUGCCAGCACCGGGAGCUGUUCGGACGCCGCGGGCGGGAUGCACUGGGAUCACAUCUACGUGACCCAGUUGUUGUCCAACCGGAGCUGCCGGCCUGUGCACGACUUCGUGAUGGCCUCGGAGUACGUACCUCGACGGCACGGUUGCCCGGCUACCCGGGCACCGGGAAGACCCACCUGGCGCGCCAGAUCGUGACCGCCCUCCGGGAAGAAGGGUACAAGGUGAAGAUCAUCACGAAGACCCACUCCUCCGUGCAGAACUUUGGAAUGCAGGCGGAAACGGCCGACCACUGGGUGCGGAGCACCGUCCGGAACGGCUACUGCAACAUCGACUGGCUGGUGGUGGAGGAGAUUACGCAGCUCGACACGGGGCUGUGGAACGACAUCGCCUGCGUCUCCAUGAACCGCAAAGUCAAGUUCCUGCUGCUUGGCGACUUCCGCCAGUUCCCCGCCGUCAUGGACAACUUCGCGGGCACCCCGGUGCAGUGGGAGCUCAAGCACUGCCAGCUGCUCCACGACCUCACCGACGGCUGGCACCACGAGCUCACCGAGAACAGGAGGAGCGACCCGGGCAUCUUCGACUUCCUCCGGUGGCUCCGGGUCGACGAGCCCCGGGAGCAGUCCCUGCCGGAAGCGGUCCGGGCGGCCCGGGAAAGGUUUCCGCGGCAAGGCGAGCCCGAUGUCAGCCUGGUCAUCUCCCACGCCCACCGCAUCAGGAUCAAUGCGCGGGACAACCGUCGCCUGGCCCCGCCGGAAGCUGUGACGAUCGAGUACACCGGCACUGGCCCGACGACCACCAACAUGCCGCAGACCAUGCGGGUCUGGCCCGGCCUGAAGCUCAUCGGCGUCGGUGGCCGCGUGACCAAAGGCAUCUACGUGCAUGUGGCAGAAGUGGGCCCCGAGAAGAUCGUCUUGGACGGCGGCGACUCCUUCACCCACGCCGCCCUCCUGAAACACACCCGGCUGUGCCACGCCAUCACCUACGCCUCGUGUCAAGGCCUGACGCUUGAAGGGCGGGUCUUCCUGUGCGACACCGAGAGCCCGCACUUCACCCUCAAGCACCUCUAUGUGGGGAGCAGCAGGGCCACCAGCAGCGAGCUCCUGAGCGUGCUCUAG